UGUUUUCUUGCUGGAUUACGAUGUCUUUCCCAGAGUUUUAUGAGUUUAUGAAGCUUUUUGUUGUUUAAUAAUCAAAACAAGACGGUUACGGAGACCUGAUUUUAUUUAUAUUUUUUUACUGUUUAACAAUCAAAAGAAGACGGAGACCGAGACCGAGUUGAUGGCCGGUCUGGUUCCUCCCAUGCCGCCUUAUCUCACCACCUCGCUCUCUUCACUGCUCCCCCGUGGCCUGGCCGUCGGGCCUUCGCAGCUUUGGGAGGGCAGGCUGGGGCUGUGGUGGGUGGGCCGCCCGCUGGAGACCGGGUCCCUGCUGGGGAGGAAGGGGGACGCGGUCUGGACCAGCCGUCAUCCCUCUGACCUACAGAGCCGAACCAGUGGGCCUGCGGACCUCCAGAUAGGAUCAGAGAAAGAACAGGCACUGAUGGGAUUAUCAGCUGCAGUACAAAGAGCCGUCUGGAUCAAUUUUGCGUGUCGAGUGCGAUGCAGAGCCCAGCGGACCGUGGCAGUGCAGUGCGUUUGCGGAGAGGCGUGUGGCGGCGAGUGCGCGGGCGUGUGUCUGCGUGCGUGUCGGGACAUCCAGCCAGGAACAGAGCUGCUGCUGUACGAUGACACUGUGGGAAAAGGUCAAACCACGGACAAACCAGGAGACUCGGCUGGACUCAAAGACGACCUCGUUGAGCGGACAACAGCACCAGAGACAGUAGUUACCGGAGACGCAACCAUUCAAAAAGGGGCAGAAGAGAAGGAGGUCGUGGAGGAUGAGGAACUACUCAGAAACCCUCCCAGAUCCAUCAAGAGGAGGAAGAGGAGAGUCAAGAAUAUCCUGUCUGAGUGGAGUCCUGGAAAUUCACAUGGCGUUGCCACAACUGAGGACACACGCUCAGAGUGCAACUCUGCAGAAGGAGAGACGGACUCCCAGGGACUCCCGGCUCCUCUUCCUCAUGUCCGCUCCAGCUCCCGUCUGGCUGCUAAACCCCGACGGGUUCACUGUCUGACCGGUAGGGUGAAACGGCUCCCCGCUCCACAUGACCCUCCCAAACAGACCGAAGGACCGAGCAGGAGACGUGACAAGGUCGCCGUGGUUUCUUCAAACACGUCCCGCUGUGAGGCAGAGGCAACCGUGGCCACGUGUCCUGCCGAGGAGACGCCUCGGUGGCAUCCAGAGAACAGGGAGAGGCGUUACAGAUGCUCCACCUGUGGGAAGAAGUUUUAUCAGAUUGGACACCUGAAGAAGCAUCAGUUCAGCCACACGGACGAGAAACCCUUCACCUGCAAGGACUGUGGGAAAAACUACACUUCGGCAGAGAGCUUCAGAGCCCAUCAGAUGGCUCAUCGCGGCGAGCGUCCGUUCUCCUGCCCUCACUGCGACAAAACCUACGGCCUGAAGCGGGACCUGAAAGAGCACAUGGUCCUGCACACCGGAGAAAGACCGCACACCUGUGAACACUGUGGCAAAGCGUUCGCGCGCCGCCCCUCCCUGCGCGUCCACCGCCUCCUUCACUGCAGCAGGAUGAUCUACACACAAUCUCCAAAGAUGCAGUGUAAACUCUGUCCCAAACUGCUGGCCAACCGCGGCUCCCUGAGGAACCACAUGAAGCUGCACACGGGGGAGAAGUCUCACAUCUGUCAGCACUGCGGGAAGGGCUUCAGCCAGAAAGGGAACCUGGAGGUCCACCUGAGAAUCCACAGUAAAGAGCGGCCGUUUCCCUGCCCGGAGUGCAGCCAGACUUUCUCCCAGAAACCCGAUCUCCGCCGGCACAUGUUCUCCCACACCGGAGGGGGUUUCCUCUGCAGCUUCUGUGGGAAGUCCCUGAGGGACCCUCACAGUCUGAAGUCCCACGAGAGACUGCACACUGGAGAGAGACCCCAUCGCUGCCCCGUCUGUGGAAAAGGUUACACUCUGGCCACCAAACUGAGGAGGCACAUGAGGGCGUCCCACCUGAAGGAGAAACCGUACAGCUGCUACUGCGGCGCCUCCUACACCGCGAGACAAAGCCUGCUGAGGCAUCAAGCUCUGCACAGGACGGAUGCGGGGGCUCCCGGGGAGGCCGAGCAGAGUCACGGGGAGGGCGUGACCAGCGGAGAGGAAGCCCCAGCAGAGGAUCUGAGGGCCUUGAGGUGCAGUCACCCCAAACCAACGAAAGGCAGACCCAAGAAGAACCCGCCCCUACAAGAGGCAGGACGGGAGGAGAGAGGUGAGGUGAAGAGGAGGAGAGGACAAGGAAAAGGCGAGGAGGAGGAGUCGGAGGAGGAGGAGGGGCGGUUUGAGAGAGUUGGAGAUGAUCCAGCUCCAGGGGAUGUCCAUCACGCCGUGGUGUACGUCCACACAGACGGCCUGUCAGCAGCCGCCUCCACCUCUCUGCUCAUCACCGCAGACAGCUCGCUCCCCGCGGGGGUGGAGCCCGAGCUGGUGGAGGUGGUGAUAUCGGAGGGCCCGGAGCAGUGCAUCGUUGUGCAGGGCCAGCAGGCGGUGGGAGAGCUGCUGAUCUUGCAGGAGGAGGACGACAGCGGCCUCUGCUCGGUGGCCCAGACCGUCGAGAUCAACACGGCGUAGCAGGAAACAUCGCUGGGGGACGUUUCCGCCAGGAUGAGCACGAACUCAGCCCAAGCUGGGAUGAAGUGAACCCUUCUUCCCGACCUACCUCAUCUUCACUUGUUCCGCUGAUGUAAUAUUUGUAAUCUCCGUUUGUACAACCUCUGUAGAGCAGAUGUGAACCAAUUACCUGCUGGAUCUACAUGAAGAAAUGGAGAGAAAUAUCAGUAACUGUAGCUAGAAAAGCUGUGCCGCCAGUCUCAUACAAAGUGGUUUUUUGCGCGCGUGUGUGUGUGUGUGUGUAUAAACUCUGCCCUGAACCCCUUCAAAUACUCCCACUUGGUGAUUAUUGAACAUCAGUGCUCCGUUUGAUUGUGAGCGGCUGACACUGACUCUGACAUUUACGGCUGAUGAGGCGCACUUAUGCUGUCAGAUUUCUGUGAAGUUGCUCUGAAAAUAUCUCGGCUUCACAUCAACUUUUCUACACGUUUCCAAUUAUUCCCUGGAGUUAAAGGAGACACAACAGCAGCACGCUCCCAAAUACAGCAGCUCUGCGCGUCGUCAGGCUUCAUGAAGCUGUUAAGAUUGAAUUUGUACCAGCUUUACUCAUGAAAUGAGACCCGUUAACUCCUCUACGUCUCCCCGACCGCAGAAUAACUAGAAUUACCUGCAGGUUUUUCUCUGACUCAAACUAACGGACUUCCAGUCUGUACAGGACAGGGAUUACUGCAGAAAUACACCUUCAUUUUGCUCAGGAUUAUCUGCUUUUCAGUACAAUUGUGCCUCAUCAGAAAAAUAAAAGACUUAAACGUUGGCAUGUUUGACCUGUCGUAAGCCCACCUCUCAAAUGCAGAUAGUUCCAGUAUCCCGGUGACCCGGACACCAGUUAUGUGAUGUCACAGGUUCAGCUAAGGACUGUUUUAAUUCAGAUAUUCAGCUGUCCAUCAAACUGUUUUCGAAACAGCAUACUAUUAGUGCAUACUGAUGUUUGCCAAAAUGUAGUACAUAGUAUGCAGGAAGUACCUAGAUGGUUUUCUACUUUUAGGGAAAUCUGAAGCGCCAGCUGACAAUCCUGCCUUGCGCAUCACAUGUCAUGACGCGGUGAAACACAGCGGUCACGUGACCAGCUUCCAGCUGUGGCGUGUCAUUGCUGUUUUACUAAUGAGGAUCUUUGUCUUGUGAUCCAGGUGAUCAGAACCAAGAAAUCUGCCAAAACAAAGGCAGUUAAUGACAUAAGCGUCCAGCCGUCUGGGCUUGUUCGUCCCGCGAUCCAACACUGACAGCGUCAUCAGGUCGAUUAGUAAUCAUCGACUUUGUCAAAUGAAAGAAAAAAGGCUUUUGAUUUCAGAAGAACGGCACGUUUCUCGUUCCUUUGCCUCGAGCAGUGUAGAAAAACAACCUGCUGCUGCAGGACUAUCUGCAGAAUGAAAUGUGUUUUUCUCUUUUAUCUAACCUUUGAAUCUCUGGAAAGAAAAUCAUGUCAACUCGAGAUCUGCCAAUAUUGUGUUUUAACGUUCAUUAGAAAUGAUAAAUAAAGACAAAAAUGUAUUUAUAUUGAGCGCUUGUAUAUGUGUGUCUGACAUCACUCAGCUCUGUCGUGUUUGGGGAGUUGCUGAAAGGUGCGGUGUGCUGUGACGUCACAGACGCGCAU